UCCUGGGCUGGGCCAUCCCCGUGAUGGCUCCGGUGGUGGCGCAGGUCCGGAGGCCCAGGGCUACUCGUGGCCCUUCAGAGCACGAGCUGCCUCGGCCGGGGCAGCGGUCAGCCCAGAGGCUACCAAAUGCUUCUGUGCCUCAGUUUCCCUGCCUGUGGAGAUGGGGAGACAGAGGCACGGAGCUGGACAGUGACCCAGACACCAGGAGCCACCCAGCGUGGAGCACGGGUCUGGCCCAGCUGGCUCAGGGUGCAAGUCCACUGUUACUCCCUGGCUGUGUACCUUGACACAUCUCGGACAGGGUCUUCACAGAGGCCAUCAGGAUGUCAUAUUUUGGAGAGCAUUUUUGGGGUGAGAAAAACCAUGGCUUUGAGGUCUUGUACCACAGCGUGAAGCAGGGGCCCAUUUCCACCAAAGAGCUGGCUGACUUCAUCAGAGAGAGGGCCACCAUCGAGGAGACCUACUCGAAGGCGAUGGCGAAACUUUCCAAGCUGGCCAGCAACGGGACCCCCAUGGGGACCUUCGCCCCACUCUGGGAGGUCUUCCGUGUGUCCUCCGACAAGCUGGCCCUGUGCCACCUGGAGCUGACUCGGAAGCUGCAGGACCUCAUCAAGGACGUGCUCCGCUACGGGGAGGAGCAGCUCAAGACCCACAAGAAGUGCAAGGAGGAAGUGGGGGGCACCCUGGACGCGGUGCAGCUGCUCGCCGGGGUCACCCAGCUGCUGCCCAAGUCCCGCGAGAACUACCUGAGCCGCUGCGUGGACCUGGAGCGGCUGCGCCGAGAGAACACCAGCCAGAAGGAGGUGGACAAGGCGGAAACCAAAGCCAGGAAGGCGGCCGGGAGUCUGCAGCGCGCCGUGGAGAAGUACAACUCGGCCCGCGCCGACUUCGAGCAGAAGAUGCUGGACUCGGCGCUGCCCUGUCCUCCCAACCACCACCACCCCCAGCGCUUCCAAGCCAUGGAGGAGACCCACCUGCGGCACAUGAAGGCGCUGCUGGGCUCCUAUGCCCACUCCGUGGAGGACACGCACGUGCAGAUCGGGCAGGUGCACGAGGAGUUCAAACAGAACAUCGAGAACGUCAGCGUGGACAUGCUGCUCCGGAAGUUUGCGGAGAGCAAAGGCACGGGCCGGGAGAAGCCGGGGCCCCUGGACUUCGAGGCGUACAGCACAGCCGCCCUGCAGGAAGCAAUGAAGCGACUGCGGGCAGCCAAGGCCUUUCGCCUGCCUGGACUGAGCCGGCGGGAGCGGGAACCGCGCGCGGCUGCAGACUUCCUGGAACCCGACUCAGGGAUGUGUCCAGAGGUGGAUGAAGAAGGUUUCACUGUCCGGCCCGAUGCGACCCAGAACAGCACGGCCGAGCCCUCUCGCUUCUCAUCCAGCGACUCCGACUUCGAUGACGAGGAGCCUAGAAAGUUCUACGUGCACAUCAAGCCCGCCCCGACCCGUGCUCCAGCCUGCAGCUCCGAGGCUGCGGCGGCACAGCUCCGGGCCACGGCCGGCAGCCUCAUCCUCCCUCCGGGCCCAGGGGGCACCAUGAAGCGCCACUCGGCCCGUGACACAGCUGGGAAGCCACAGAGGCCUCGGUCUGCACCACGGGCCACCAGCUGUGCAGAGAAGCCGCCGCCCUCUGACGAGCAGGUGUCCAAGAGCCUCUUUGGGCCGCCGCUGGAGUCAGCCUUUGACCACGAGGACUUCACAGGCUCCAGCAGCCUCGGCUUCACCUCCAGCCCCUCCCCUUUCUCCUCCUCCUCACCAGAGAAUGUGGAGGACUCUGGUCUGGACUCUCCAUCCCAUGCAGCUACCGGCCCCUCCCCAGAUUCCUGGAUCCCCCACCCAGGCACCCCACAAAGCCCACCUAGCUGUAGGGCGCAGCCCCCGGACUCCAGGGCGGCCAGGGUCCCACCACCACCAGACUCGCCGCAACCCCUGGCGCCAUCACCAGGACCGUGGGGGCUGGAGGCCGGAGGCGACCUGGCACCAGCAGAUUCCAUAACCAGGGAAGGCCUGGCAGCCCCACCCCGAAGACCCCGCUCCAGGAAGGUGUCCUGUCCCCUCACCCGCAGCAACGGCGACCUGUCCCGGUCUCUGAGCCCCUCCCCGCUGGGCUCAUCGGCCCCCAGCAUGGCCCCGGAUCGGCCCACCUUCUCAUCCCAGACUGGACAUGGAGUCUCCCGGGGCCCCAGCCCUGUCGUCCUGGGCUCCCAGGAUGCACUGCCCGUGGCCACGGCCUUCACGGAGUACGUCCACGCCUACUUCCGCGGCCACAGCCCCAGCUGCGUGGCUCGGGUCACCGGAGAGCUGACCAUGACCUUCCCGGCCGGCAUCGUGCGCGUGUUCAGCGGGACCCCGCCCCCGCCCGUGCUCAGCUUCCGGCUCGUCCACACGGCCGGCAUCGAGCACUUCCAGCCCAGCGCGGACCUGCUCUUCAGUGACCCAUCCCAGAGCGACCCAGAGACCAAAGACUUCUGGCUCAACAUGGCUGCUCUGACCGAGGCCCUGCAGCGCCAGGCGGAGCAGAACCCCGCGGCCUCUUACUACAACGUGGUGCUGCUGCGGUACCAGUUCUCCCGCCCGGGGCCCCAAGCGCUGCCCCUGCAGCUGCGCGCGCACUGGCAGUGCGGGGCGGCGCUCACGCAGGUGGCCGUGGAGUACAGCUACCGCGCCGGCGCCACGGCCGUGCCCACGCCGCUCUCCAACGUCCACAUCCUGCUGCCCGUGGGCGAGCCCGUCACCAACGUGCGCCUGCAGCCGGCGGCCACCUGGAGCCUGGAGGAAAAACGGUUCACCUGGAAGCUCCCGGAUGUGUCGGAGGCAGGGGGCUCCGGCCGCCUCUCUGCCAGCUGGGAGCCGCUGUCGGGGCCGAGCACCCCCAGCCCCGUGGCCGCACAGUUCAUGAGCGAGGGGGUCACUCUGUCCGGCGUGGAUGUGGAGCUGGUGGGCGGCGGCUACCGCAUGUCCCUGGUGAAGAGGAGGUUCGCCACAGGGAUGUACCUCGUGAGCUGCUGAGCGUCGCCCCAGCUCCGCCCUGAAUCCUGGUGCUCGCGGACGGGACGCCGGGUCCCCGCUGUCCCCAAGGCCUGGAUCCGUGGAGAGGAGCCGCCCGUCCGCGCCGCGCUGGCCGAGCCGAGGUCGCGCCUCCCCCUCACGCCAACCCCACGCAGGUCCCGGCCUUUUAAUGUUCUUUAAAUAAACACUUUAUUUUCUAACAAAAUAAAAAAAGGAAACCUUGUCCUGCA